AUGAAGGAAACUUUCAUACUCGCCGCCCUUUUCAUAUUCAACUGUUUGUCGGCAGCCGCCUCGAAUUACAUUUACGAUGACAUGACUAAUAUAGGGGGCUUUAUGCCGUCGUCGGACCUCGGCACUUACUCCAGGAACACGUUGAACGGCCACAAGAAAUAUUUCAUUAGCAACGGCAAUCCCAAGUAUCAGAAGCUGGUGAGUGAGGGUUCAAUCGACUCGCACUUCAGGGUGAUAAAGUCGCCGGGGCUGACGAACGCUUUACCUACUGGACUCGCGAGAGAGGAGGCCCGCAAGGCGCAGAACGUCGACGGCGGCCAGACGAAGAGACCAUCGGACACGAACGACGCGUACCGAAAAACUAACGAGAAGCAAUACGAAAUCAACACCAACGAGAUAUUCGUGUUACAGAUGUCGGACAGUAAGUCGAUAGGUAGGCCGAACUACCGCUCACGAAGCUCGCUGCUGUCGGCGAACCGGUCACCGACGUUCUCGCACAAAAUGCAGUCGCCACUGAAGAUCAACAAGCCCGUCGUGAAGUCGGGUGUAAGCGAGAAAGCCGCUGCCAGCGUGCGCAAGGUUUUAAACAAGGGCGGCAAGCUGACGGACAGGAUGCAGCAAAGGGGCGGGAGGAAGAGAGACGUCAGCUCGGACGAGGACAACGAGGUGUAUUUGGAGAAGAACAAGUACGAGACCGCGCCGGAGGGCUCGUUGACGUUGAGGCGAGCGCCGUUGGAUCAGGCGAUAAUCGCGAACAUCGUCGACGAGAACACGGAGGGGACGAACAGCCCCUACGCAGUGUUCUACAGGAUGAGCCCCGACAUAACGGAGCAGCAGGACACGUACAUGGUGCUCAACACGCAGGACGAACGCGCCCAAAACCUGUACAAAGAAAGGGAGGCCGCAAUGAACGCGGAAAACGAAAUCGAAAACGAUACCUACAGGCAGUAUCCGAACAACGUGAAAAUGCACAGCAAAGUUAAGAACUUCUCCAACUUUCGGAAUUUUCGA